UUAGUUAAUAUGUCACUAUUCUUAACCCCCAGUGGUAAUAUAAAGAAUGAGAAGUCUGCCUAUAUCAACAUGGUCUACAAUUAUGACUGGUCUUCGACUUUACUUGGUCCUAUGGACUCAUGGGAACCUACACUUAAAAUUGCUACGAAUUUGUGCCUCCAAUCUGCAUUUCCAUCUUGUAUAUACCUCCAUCCCUCUAGCUGGAUCUCACUAUAUAAUGAAGCGUGGAUACCAAUUGUAAAAGCAAGACAUCCAGCAAUAGGUAAAACAUUCAAAGAGGUUUGGCCUGAAGCAUAUGAUAUCGUUAUUCCUCAAUUUGAAAAUGUAAGAAUAACUGGCAAAGGCAUAAUAAAGACAGAUACAUACUAUGAACUACAACGUGAUGGAUAUAUAGAAGAGACCUACUUUUAUUAUACAUUUAGUCCAAUUUUCAAAUCAGAUGGCACAGUAAAUGCUAUAUUUGCAGUUGCACAAGAUACUACACAUGAAGUUUUAAAUGCUCGAAGAUUAAAAAUACUUAAUGAACUUGGUCGUCAGAUUCCUAAAAGUGCCUGUUGUAUAAUGACAAAAACAUUAAGUAAUAAUGCUGAUAUUCCUUAUGCAUUUAUUUACUUUGUCGAUCAUAAGGCAAAUGCAGGUUCCGAAUCUCUGGUCGCCCGUCUGGUCGCCACGACAUUUGAAGAUCAUCAUAUUCCAGAUUAUUUACCCGAUACUCCUGAAAUAAUUUAUUUAGCUAAAGAUGAUAAUAAGAGUUAUAAUACAUAUAUAGAGCUAAAACGUGUAGCUGCAACUUAUUCGUUCUUAAAAUGUGAUUCUUGGCCAAUAAAACUUGUAAUAAAGGAAGGAAAACAUGUAAAAGUUCUUUUAAAAGAUGAUUCUCAGGCUGUACUCUUACCAACAAAAAUUUCUCUUUUCGGAGGGCGAGUUCUAUCGAUUGUAUUGAUUUGUGGUGUUAAUCGACUUCGCUCACUUGAUGAGCAGUAUAUGGAAUUUUUGCAACUAGUCACUAAUCAAAUGAAUACAUAUUUGGAACAUGGAAAUACCGUAGAAGAGGAAAAAAAGCGAUCUAAAAUAUUAGCUGAAUUGAAUUAUCAAAAAAUCAUAUUUUUUCAAGGAAUUAGCCAUGAACUUAAAACACCAUUAACUUUAAUGCUUUCACCACUUAACGACGUAAUUAAUGUAUGCCCACAAGAUGCACCAAUAAUGCCGUUUCUUAAAAUUAUACAGCGUAACACUCAUCGAUUGCUUAAGCUUAUUAACGUUUUAUUACAAUUUUCAAAUAUAGAAGCUGGACAAUUGAAAGCACAUUAUCGUGAAACAAACAUUGCUGAGUUUACUUUAGAAUUGACUUCAGACUUUAAAAAUAUGGCCCAAAAAUUAGGCUUGGGUUAUAAUAUUGAUAUUCCACAUCCGGACGAAUUUAAUCAAGCAGUGGGAGAUAAAAUUUAUUUGGAUCAUGAUAUAUAUGAAACAAUUGUUUAUAAUCUUUGUUCUAAUGCAUUAAAGCAUACUUGGAAUGGAUGCAUUACCAUUCGAUUAUAUAUUGACUAUAAAGAUACUAAAAGAAUGAUAAUUCUUGAAGUUUCAGAUACAGGUAUCGGGAUUCCAGAAAACGCCCUUCCAAAAAUAUUUGAGCGAUUUUAUCGUGUAAAAUCCCAAGGUUCACGUAGUCAUGAAGGUACUGGAAUAGGACUUGCUCUUGUUAAAGAACUUAUUACACGACAUGGUGGUGAUAUCACUGUAACUUCAAAAGUAAAUCAAGGAACAACUUUUAAAUGUUGGUUUCCAAUUGGAUGCGAGCACUUACCAAUAAACCAAAUAGAUUUUAAUAACCUCGAGAAUCCAAUAAAACAUGAUCAGGAAUUAUACAUUGAUCGACAACUUUAUUUAGAAGAAAGUUCUCAAUGGAUAAAAAAUAGUACAUCUGAAGUUAUAUAUGAUACAAUUAAUAAACUGUCAAUCGAUGAUAAAAGGACGUAUAAUGAUAAUAAAAUGUUGGUGGAUUAUGAUCUUGCUAGUGAAAAAUAUCAAGUCUUACUUGUUGAUGAUAAUAAUGAUAUGCGAAUUUAUCUGGCGGAUCUCUUAAAAGAAUUUGACGUACUUUGUGCUUGUGACGGCCAAGAAGCUAUACGAAUAUUAAAAAAUCUUAACAAAUUACCUGAUUUAAUUCUUAGCGGCAAGUAA